AUGAUUAAUUUCGGGGACAUUAUGAAUGGCUCUGCUGGAGCUGCUGUUAACUGCAUUGAGAAUAUACGUAUAGAUAAUCACAUUUUGGACGCUCUAUUUAGUAAGGGUCACCGCGCCCCUCUUGGGCCCCCUGAAUGGGUAGAAGAACUCGGAGAGAUGAUCCACGUCUGUGAAGAUGAGAUGAUCUGCGAAGUACCCACACUAAAGUCCCUUACUUCAAUGGACGUGUGUUCCUCGAGAACAAAGAGUCAAAUCGGGCAAGUGGAUGAGAUUCUCGGACCCAUCAAUGAGUUCUACUUCUCUGUAAAGAUGCAGGAUGGUGUUGUUGCUAGAAGCUUCAAGACUGGCCAAAAGGUCUACAUUGAUGGCAACCAAACUCUUCCUCUGGAGCGGUUCCUUCCUGUUAAGAAGAGUAUCGGCCCUAAGAAGCACGCCGCUGGGGGUAAGGGUAAAGGUGGCAAGGGUAAAGGAGGAAAGGGCAAGGGCUUUGGAAAGGGCAAGGGUAAGGGUAAGGGUCAUUUUGGGAAGGGUAAGGGCAAGGGAAGAUGGUAG